GGGCUGCGCUCAGCCCGCUGCACCAGUAGACAGUUAGCAUUUUCUAUAAGUUUUAAUCCCUAUUUUAACAUUUUCCCAGUGAAGAGCGACAACAAUGGCCAGCGCAGUUUUAUCUGAGGUAGAGUGGGACGAAGGUUUCGCCAUCCCAGUGGCCAACGCAGAGAAUAAAGCCCUGGAGGAGAAGCUGCAGAGGAAACAGAAGGAGAAGGCGAGCAUCGAGAACAAACUGAGUGGGUACAAGGACAGGAUAAAUGCCAUGGCUGAGCAUCUGAAGAACGUCCAGCUGGAGCUCUCUCACACUCAGGCGCUGAUUAGAGCCAGAGAAAAAGAGACAGAGUCUGAGAUGCAUUUUAAAGCUCUGGCAGAGAGAGAGAUGGGCCGCCUGCGUCAGGAGAUCGCUCAGCUGGAGAACGAGCUGGGGUCACUGCGGGAGAAGAAGAACUCACAGGAGAACAACAUCUUCAAAGUCACCCAGAAGCUGGAGGAGCUGAAGAGCCGACUGAACUGGGACCAGCAGACGCUGGACGCCUGGCUGGAAGAAUCGGCACGCAAAGACGAGGACACCAUGGCCAUCAUCAAGUACGCUCAGCAGGACGAGAGCAGGAUCCGAGAACUGACUCUGAGCAUUGAGAAAUUGACUCUGGAGGCCAACCGGAAGAGGAAGGCCUUGGACAACGAGCUGACAGAGACCAUCACAGCACAGAUCGGCCUGGAUAAGACUGCAGAGACAUUCCGGCAGGCUCACAUGGAGAGGCAGGAGCUGAUCCGCCAGUGGGAGAACACCAUCGAGCAGAUGAGGAGGAGAGACCAGGAGAUGCAGCAGUGCGCUUUGAUGCUUGCUGAGGUGAACCAGAUGACCCGUGAGCGAGAGGCGCUGAUUAAGGAGAAGAAGAACUUCCUGGCCAGCGAGGUGGAGAACAAUAAAGAGUGCGAGAAGAAGAUUGCAGUUGCAGAGCGACAGGCCGCCAGGCUCCGGCAGCAGCUUCAGGAGCAGGAGAGCAACCGCAUGCGCCUGCAGGAUGAGCUGGAGACUCUGAAGGGCACAGUGGAUCGCGCUGCCACAGAUGUGGAAUCUCUGAGGUCUAACUUAACCAGCAUGAAGAAGGAGAUCAACGACAAAACCACCAAGUUGGAGGAGGCCCAGCUGCAGAACGUUGCUCUGGAGGAGAAGCUUCAGGUGGCCACAGAGGCAGCGCUCAGCGUGGAGGAGAGAGCAGAACAGAUGGAGCAGAUGCUCCGUGACCAGGAGCUACACAUCAAAGAGAUCGAUACCCAGCUGCAGCGGCAGCGUGAGCUCCUGUUCCGGAAGAGCCAGGAGCUCCAGACCCUGAGAGCGAAAGAGAAGAGCGCCACGGCGGAGCUCUCAGGCAGCCGGGCCGCUCUCUCCAACCUGGACAGUCGUCUCAGCAAACUGGACCAACACGCUCUCAAACAACAAGAGAUCAUCUACAAUCAGGACUUCCAGAUCCAGCUGCUGGAGAGGAAAAUGGCUCGUCUGAGGGGUGAGGUGAACACGGAAGAGAAGCAGGUUCUGGAAAAGAGAACCUCUGAGCUCAGCAAGGCUCUGGAGGAGAAGAAGAAGACGGCUAGCAUGCUCACCUCACAGCUCAAAAAGCUCCAGGAUGAUAUCCGCUGUCUGAGAAAAGAGACAGAGAAGACAGGAGCAGAAGAAAGAGACCUGACCACCAAGAUCGAAGAACUGCAUCUUUUCAAUGACACUUCUGACAAAGAGCUGAAGAAACUGCGACUUAAGAAACAGGACAAUAUGGUGGAAGAUAACAUCCUGAGGCUGGAGGUGAAGCGGCUACGGGACCUGCUGUACAACAAGGCGGGCGGCGUUCUCUCUCUGGAGAAGAGGCGGCUGCAGCUACAGGCGGCCAUGAAGGAGCGGCAGGAGGAGAUCCGCGUGCACAAGGAAACGCUCACCAAGCAGCUCAAAGUCACCGAUCAGGAGAGACAAGGACUCAGUGCUGAGGUGCAUGAACGACUGUCCAAAAUCGACAAGAUGAGGAAGAGAUAUGAGAUCAUGACCAUCGCAAUGGCUGCGCCAGAAGGAGAGGAAGACAAAUCACAGGCCUAUUACAUUAUAAAGGCAGCUCAAGAGAAAGAGGAGCUUCAGCGUGAGGGGGACGAGCUGGACGCCAAGAUCCGCAAAACAGAGAAGGAGAUCAAAGCCUUGGAAAACACGCUACAUGUUGUCAAUAAUCGGAACGGCACUUACCGUAAAUCCUUCAGCAAGGCCACAGAGUCCAGUCCUGAGUAUCAGGAGAAAAUGAAGUUAGAUGAACAGAAAAGAGCAGCUGAAGAGAAGUACAAACACAAGAGACGGCAGAUCAGGGAACUUCAGGAAGACAUUGGGGGCAUGAGCAGCUCGCUGAACAGCCUUCUUCAGGAGUUAGCUGCACAGAGCGAAAAAAACGGUGACGUCCAAGCAUGCAUUCUUUCUCUGAACAAGGAGCUCAAUUCCCAGCAAGAGAAACUGGGCAGGGUGACCAAACAGUGCUCCAGACUCACGAAAGAAAUUCGGUCAGCUAAGAAGACCAAGGAGGAGACCUUUGAGGAGCGGGACAUUGAGCUGAAAGAUCUGAAAGACUUGAAUAAAACUGUCAAUAAGAUGCUUUUGGAAGUCAUGGAGGAGCAUCCUGACCUCCAGGCCACGUUGCAGAUGUACUUCAUGCAGGCGAGUCUAGCCCUCCCCUCUCCUGCCUCCACCCCAUCUAGUCGGCAGAGUUCAAAGAUAAGCUCAGCACGCAGCUCCAUCUCUCUGAGAUCCUCAGGGUCAUCAGCCGGCAGCAGCCCCAGAGGCUCAGCAGUGCAGUCUCCCACAGUAAAGAUGGUGGAGCUGGGACUGGGGCUGUCCGUCUCGUCUCCUCUGAUGUCCAGCACUUCUCCUCGAGCCUCUUACAGCAGCGGCAGCAGCAGCAGCAGUAGUAGCGGCAGGAGCAGUCAGCUCAAGAGUCCAUAACUAGCAGCUCUUCCUCCAUAGGGCUAUAGCAACUGUUUCCUGACCAUAGGGCUCCAUAUUUUACAGAUAAGCCACAUUCACUGUUCUACACAUUUGAUUAUACAGUGUCAUGCAAACAACUGAAGUGGUUUAAUGUGGGCAUUGUGGGUGUUUAUGUGGGCAUUGUGGGUGUGUUUGCUUAUAAA